ACAGAGUGGAGUGGAUGUCUUGUCGGUCUCGUUGGGGUCGUCGGACGUAUCGGAUGGUAUCGGAGCAACGUUUGGCAACGCGAUCGCGCUUAUCAGUCGUGGCGAAUCGGCCGCGAUAACGCGCUCGCGAAACGUCGAGGUGAGUUCGUCGAUGCGCGAAUUUUUAAACCAAAAGAUUAAGGAAAAGAGAGAGAGAGAGAAAAAGAGAAUCCGCGCGUACCUGAUGCGCUCGCCGAUCGCGACUGCGAGCUCCACGGAGAGGAGAGAUCGGCGAGUACGUCAAAAUUGAUUUUUACACCACGGUGUUUGCCGUACGCAUACGUGAUUCAUCCUUCUUGCCGCGGAUUUUCCUAAGUUUACGCGCGCGCGACGCGGAGAGAUGUGAGUGCGCCUCUCAGACGAAUUUGGGACAAGACGCCAUCCGCUUUCAACGAGGCCACGUGGACCGCACGUCGGGAGGCAGGAAAAUAUGUGCCAGCAUGUCCGAGGACGACGCGCAGGAAGCAGCCAGCGAGGAGAUCGAAAGACAGGGGUCUCUCUACGUGUUCCCGAGUUCGGGUCGCCCCAGCUGCACGACGACAUCGUCCUCGUCAUCGUCGAUCUCAACGGUGCCUCUCCAGCCACCGCCGCUGUCUUUCCUUCACGAUGGUUCCAUCACGACGUCGAGCACGACAGUGACGACCAGCGUGACGACGACGAUGACGAGCACGUCAAAAAACAGCAACGGCGACGAGGACGAGGACGCAGUAGAGGAAGUCAGCUCGCCGGCCAGGAGGGCAGCCUUCCCGAAAACGCACGCGAGAUCGGCGAGCCACGGUGGUGUCUUAGCAGAUGGCACGACCGGAUGGCAGACCUACGGGUCCUUCCUGGGCCCGUUGACGAUGGUGGGAAGCGCCUCGUCCGCGGGUCGACCGUCGGCGUUGAAGAAGCCGGGUCAUCAGAGAGCCUUCAGUCAGGGCCAGGUGGCGGACGUGACGCAGGGCCAAUCAGUCGUAACGGGACACCACCGUGUCGGAUCCAGAACGGAUUUUAUCCUCCCGCCAGGUCACAGGGAGGAUGGCAGGCCGCCUACUGCCGGCAGGAUGCCUUCCUUUCGCGGCCAUUCCCGUCAAGCCUCCAGAUCGGAGUCUAUAUACACGAUAAGACGUAGCGUCGCGCCUCCAUGGUGGAGGAGACUAUGGGCUCAUUGUUUCGGCUCGCUGCCAGAGGAACCCCGUUUAAGAACAAUAGUGCCGAAUCACUUAGUCCCUCCGAAGACGCCGAAGAGUCAGCAUCCCAACGGGAACAGGAUGGACAAUAGAGUACGCACAACCAAGUACACAGCGCUGAGCUUCCUACCUCGUAAUUUGCUAGAGCAAUUCCACCGCGUGGCCAAUCUAUACUUCAUCUUUAUCGUACUACUCAAUUGGGUGCCAGCUAUAAACGCGUUCGGCAAGGAGGUCGCGAUGAUCCCCGUGGUAUUUGUUCUGGGUGUUACGGCGCUUAAGGACUUCUUCGAAGAUCGCCGACGGCUUGCCAGUGACCGGCGUGUGAACAAUUCCACCUGUCGCGUCUACGUUAGCGAGGGCGACAGAUAUAUAAAGGCAGCAUGGAAGGAUGUCAAGGUGGGUGACCUGGUUCACCUCUCGAACAACGAACUGGUACCGGCUGAUCUUUUGCUUUUGCGAAGCAGUGAUCCUCAGGGAUUAGCUUACCUUGAUACGUGCAACCUCGACGGUGAGUCCAAUCUGAAGCAGCGCCAGGUUGUCCGGGGUUUUCUCGAUCUGCAGGAUACCUUCCAGCCUUCCAAGUUCCGAUCGGUAGUCGAAGUCGAUCAGCCAAGUACUAGAAUAUAUAGGUUUCACGGCGCCGUGGUGCACCCAAACGGCGGUAGGGUGCCCGUGUCCACGGAAAAUCUUUUACUCAGGGAAUGCGUUUUAAAAAAUACCGACUUCGUCGAAGGAAUAGUCAUAUACGCCGGUCACGAGACUAAAGCGUUACUGAAUAAUGGUGGACCUAGGUACAAGCGUUCUCGUCUGGAAAGAUACAUGAACAGGGACGUGAAAUGGUGCGUGGUGAUACUAUUGGUACUAUGCGUGAUCGGUGCGUUUGGCUGCCGAUUUUGGCUAUCUACGUACACGAGUUUGUCAACGGUACCGUUUCUGCCGGUGCCGCAAGAACCGUUUUACGAGAGCUUACUGACCUUCCUGACAUUUGUCAUAAUAUUUCAAGUGAUGAUACCGCUGAGCCUGUACGUGACGAUCGAGAUGGCUAAGGUGGGACAGGUGUACCACAUUGGCCACGACCCGGCCCUCCAUGACACGGAAACCGGCCGUAAGGCAGAGUGCCGCGCGCUGAAUAUCACGGAAGAACUAGGCCAAGUACAGUACGUCUUUUCUGACAAGACCGGGACUCUUACGGAGAACAAAAUGCUAUUUAGGAGAUGCGUGGUGGGCGGUCAAGAUUAUUCGCAUAUCGGCGACAACGAGAAUCUACUUCCGUGUUCACGGCUUAAGGAGGACCUGCUCAUAGGUACAUAUCGACAUCGCUUACAGGAGUUUCUUGUUGUCUUAGCCACGUGUAACACGGUUGUUGUAAAUUCUCAACCGCAUCACGAUAAUAUGAACUCUAGCGGGGUCAUCGAGGAACCUCAGAAAAAUGGAACUAUGAGAUUGAUGGAAACGAACGAGAGCUCAUUUCCAACCAUGAAUUCUCCACCCGUACCGCUGUCUCCGAGCAACAGAGCUGUUCGCACUUUAUCUCCAGUAUCACCAGUAAUUAGUACAGCAAAUACAUUUGACGAUAAUUCGAAAUUCCCGUUUAAAAUUUCUAGACCGAAGUUGCUGAACGUAACGUCGAUACCGAGUCUAGGCAUCGGACUGUUGGGACGGAAAUUUUCGCCGGAAGGACCGAAGGGACGCAGCCCGGACGCGAAGAAUGGCGACGAAUUAUUGCAGACCCCGGCGAUCUAUGAGGCGGAAAGUCCGGACGAACUAGCGUUAGUUCACGCGGCCCGCGCUUACGACAUCAAGCUAGUGAAACGAACGCCUCGGAGCGCAAUGGUGUCUUUUCCAGACAAGUCGACGCUCGCGUUCGAGAUACUUCAUGUGCUGCCGUUUGACUCGAACAGGAAAUGUAUGUCUGUACUGCUCAGACAUCCUCACACUGGCGAAAUAGUGCUGUACAGCAAGGGUGCUGAUACGACGAUGCUGCCGGCGCUCUCGUCGAACGACGAGAACAACAUCGCCUCAGCAAGUAUCCAACAGUAUCUGCAAUCGUAUGCGCGUCAAGGUCUGCGUACGCUGGUGAUGGCGAAGAGAAUGCUAACGGAGCAAGAGUAUGAGACGUGGCGACAGAAGCACGACGAAGUGGAGGUGGCAACGGAGAAUCGCGAACGUCGCAUACGCGAUUCGUACGCGAUGCUAGAGUCACACUUGACGUUAUUAGGUGCGACUGGUAUCGAGGACAAACUCCAGGUCGGCGUGCCCGAGACAAUGGCUGCUCUAGUCGCCGCCGGGAUCGUCGUGUGGGUUCUGACAGGGGACAAACCGGAGACCGCGGUGAACGUGGCGUACUCGGCGCAGCUCUUCUCGCCGGCCAUGCAGCUGUUACAGCUGCAGGCGAGAUCGAAAUCUGUGGCGGAGACCCUUAUACAUGGCUACCUGGAGUCGGCGCGCAAGGAGAACAACAGUCAUUUACAGUCGGGGAUGAUGGGCAUCGCGGAUCCUGCUGGCAUAUACAACCACGAUUCCGCCGAGAGAGACGCGCACAGGAUCGGCAAUCCGUGGCGGCAACGCGCACUUGUCGUCGACGGCAAGACGUUGACCGUGAUUCUGGAUCCGCGAUCGGGCCUGAUCGGCCCGUUCCUCGAACUCACGAAAAUGUGCUCUAGCGUCUUAGCCUGUCGCGCUACGCCGUUGCAAAAGGCAUACAUUGUUCGCAUCGUUAAAAAGCAAUUGGGCAUGAGAACGUUGGCAAUAGGCGACGGCGCGAACGACGUUAGCAUGAUACAGACCGCCGACGUGGGUGUCGGAAUUUCGGGGCGAGAAGGAACGCAAGCUGUAAUGGCAGCGGAUUUCGCCAUUUCCCGAUUUCCUAUGCUCAGCCGGCUCCUCCUUCUACACGGCCACUGGUGUUACGACCGUCUUGCCAGAAUGAUUUUAUAUUUCUUUUACAAGAACGCUACUUUUGUCUUCCUCAUAUUCUGGUUUCAACUAUUUUGCGGUUUUUCCGGUGCUGUAAUGAUAGACCAAAUAUAUUUAAUGCUGUACAACUUGUUGUUUACUUCGCUGCCGCCUCUCGCCUUGGGCAUUUACGAUCGAGUCGCCAAGGCUCGCAUAUUACUUUCAGCACCGGAAUUAUAUACGAGAGGACGUUUGGGGCUGGUGUAUCAGUCGCAUUCGUUUUGGCUCACGAUCGUCGACGCUCUUUACCAAAGUAUCGUCAUAUUUUUUAUUACCAAAGAGGUUUAUCACGAUUCAGUUAUCGACAUAUGGGAAUUCGGAACGACUAUUAUGACAACAUGUAUCGUCGUCAUGCUAGCUCAUGCUGCUAUAGAAACUAGAUCUUGGACUAUAAUCCAUGUUGGUGCCAUUUUCGGUUCCUUGGUCAUUUUUUUCGGAUUUUGCUUAUUUUAUAAUGCCGUUUGCGUCAAUUGCAUGGGCCUACCUGGAUCCUUCUGGAUAAUGGAAAAGGCCUUUACACAUAUCACAUAUUGGUUGACAGUGGGACUUACUUCUGUUCUUGCCUUAAUGCCUAAGUUAGUGUACAAGGCGAUACAAACUACUAUCGCACCAGAUGCUAUACACGUUGUUUCGCGGCGGAUUGCUGCGAAAAGCGGUGGUCAAGUUCGUCGGCAGCGUAUUAGUAAUCAAAGAGGUGAAAUCAACUUUAUCGCUGGAUGGUCACGCUCUUCGCAACACGCUACUAUCAGACCCAGUAGCUACAGAAGCAAAAGCAACGCUCUCACGACUAUCGUCGCGUGACAAGUGUAAUCAGAUCAAGAUGAAGCGUAUCCAUUUCAUUAACUCGAAAAUCUGACCAAACACCGAAAAAAGGGGAAGCGACUUUUCGCGACUGUCGCGAACCUCCUCGAAAGCUAUGCGUUACUUUACCGAUCAAGGGAGAAUCUUCUAACCUUUGGAAAUCGUUUGCAUUGACAAUCUUGUCUAACAACUAACUACAUUAAUUAUUUCUGGUUGACGAUUUCUUAGUCCCCUGUAUUAUUUCUUAGUUGUAGUUCUAAUGUACAUAUGAAAGGAAAACUAGUUGAAUCGUGGUUAGUAUUAACGGGCGUGAAAAUUUGUGCUUGUUACUAUCGAAUCAUGCAAUAUAGAUUAUUGAAGAGCGUCGAAACUUCGUCGUUCGAGAUGCAAUGUGCGUCAUUGUGUGCCCAUAGGGGCGGUUCUCGUUGCCGAUAUUGCGAUAACUAACACUACAUUGCCAUUUUCGAAUUCGAGUUAUCGCGGCUGAUUUAAAAUCGAGGGGCCUUAAAUCUCAGAUCGUUCGUUGCAUUUAAUGGCUGUGACUUCUAGGGACCAAGACUGUGCGUGGUAAUUGUGUUAUUGAACCAGACAAAUCGGAUUCGAGUGAAAAUCUAUGUUGCGUUACUUCAUGUAUUUCUUCUUUAUUUUUUUUUUCGACCUAGAACUUCACUCGAACGCGCGUAUCUGUGACUUCUACUUUCGAGCGGACCGUAUGGAAGACCAACGUCAGAGACAGAUGAACAUGUAUACCGUUUUAGUUUAUUCAUAUGCCUUCGAAAAUAAAUGUACAAAAAUGUUGUAAAAAGAGUGCAAAGUAUAUAUAUAUGUGUGUACAUACAAGAUGUUCCGCAAGAUGUAUUUUAUAACCGUUGAGAGAAAUAGAUUUUAUAUAUUGAAACGAUUUAUUUUCUAAGUUUUUAGUUAUGGUGUUACGAAACGUCGUUAUUCGUAAGAUGAAACAGGAAGCAGGCGCGGACGAUUAAAGAGCCGUGACUGCGCCGAGUUUCUCCUAUUUCCGGUCGAUCUGUGAGAUCAAAGUAAUGUCUCAAAUUAUGAUGUAAAGAUACACACGAGCUUUGUUAUAUCUACUGUUGUGUUAUUACCUGUUGUAAUACCAGAGAAAAUAUUGUGAGAUGAUUUAGAAAUUUUAAUUUGGAUAAUGCAUAUGAAUGUUAUAUUGAUAACACGCUAUCCGUGCUAUCUAUAGUAUUUUGAUAAUGAACGGAUUAUUGCUGUAUGCGUUUACCAAUGUAAAGAGAACAUUAAAAAAAGAGAGAAAUCAACCGGCAA